AUGUGUAGGGGUUGUCCCCCUAUCAUUCUUGGCGGUCUUACCUUAUCCUAUCCUCGCAAUGUCAGGGGAUUGCCUCCUCGGUUGCAGAGCCCUGGAUGUGUAGGGGUUGUCCCCCUAUCAUUCUUGGCGGUCUUAUCCUAUCCUCGCAACGUCAGGGGAUUGCCUCCUCGGUUGCAGAGCCCUGGAUGUGUAGGGGUUGUCCCCCUAUCAUUCUUGGCGGUCUUAUCCUAUCCUCGCAACGUCAGGGGAUUGCCUCCUCGGUUGCAGAGCCCUGGAUGUGUAGGGGUUGUCCCCCUAUCAUUCUUGGCGGUCUUAUCCUAUCCUCGCAACGUCAGGGGAUUGCCUCCUCGGUUGCAGAGCCCUGGAUGUGUAGGGGUUGUCCCCCUAUCAUUCUUGGCGGUCUUAUCCUAUCCUCGCAACGUCAGGGGAUUGCCUCCUCGGUUGCAGAGCCCUGGAUGUGUAGGGGUUGUCCCCCUAUCAUUCUUGGCGGUCUUAUCCUAUCCUCGCAACGUCAGGGGAUCGCCUCCUCGGUUGCAGAGCCCUGGAUGUGUAGGGGUUGUCCCCCUAUCAUUCUUGGCGGUCUUAUCCUAUCCUCGCAACGUCAGGGGAUUGCCUCCUCGGUUGCAGAGCCCUGGAUGUGUAGGAGUUGUCCCCCUAUCAUUCUUGGCGGUCUUAUCCUAUCCUCGCAACGUCAGGGGAUUGCCUCCUCGGUUGCAGAGCCCUGGAUGUGUAGGGGUUGUCCCCCUAUCAUUCUUGGCGGUCUUAUCCUAUCCUCGCAACGUCAGGGGAUUGCCUCCUCGGUUGCAGAGCCCUGGAUGUGUAGGGGUUGUCCCCCUAUCAUUCUUGGCGGUCUUAUCCUAUCCUCGCAACGUCAGGGGAUUGCCUCCUCGGUUGCAGAGCCCUGGAUGUGUAGGGGUUGUCCCCCUAUCAUUCUUGGCGGUCUUAUCCUAUCCUCGCAACGUCAGGGGAUUGCCUCCUCGGUUGCAGAGCCCUGGAUGUGUAGGGGUUGUCCCCCUAUCAUUCUUGGCGGUCUUACCCUUAUCCUAUCCUAUCCUCGCAACGUCAGGGGAUUGCCUCCUCGGUUGCAGAGCCCUGGAUGUGUAG